AUGGUGCCCGCCCACCCCUGGUACGUUUGUGUGACCGUGCUGCUGCAGAUGCCCAGAGAUUGUGGCCAGUUCUGUGGCAUCCUGCUUCUGGGAUCCUGGUUAUUGAGUGUUCUUGUUUCUCUGUUACAUGACUUAUUGAUUUUGCGACUCUCUUUUUGCACAGAUCAGGAAAUCUUUCACUUUUUCUGUGAACUUAAGCAGGUGAUCCAACUUGCUUGCUCUGAUACCUUCCUCAAUGACCUGGUAAUGUAUUUGUCAAGUGGACUUCUGGGUGUUGUUCCACUCACUGGUAUCCUCUCCUCUUACUCUAGAAUUGUAGCCUCCAUUUUGAGAAUUUCAUCAGUGAGGGGCAAGUAUAAAGCAUUUUCCACGUGUGGGUCUCAUCUCUCAGUUGUGUUCUUGUUCUAUGGUACAAGCCUUGGUGUGUAUUUUAAUUCUGCAGCUUCACAAAACUCCAGCACAGGUGCCAUAGCCUCAGUCAUGUACACGGUGGUGAUGCCCAUGCUGAACCCCUUCAUCUAUGGUCUCAGGAACAGAGACAUCAAGCAAGCCCUGAGAAAGCUCUUUAGCCGAGAAACAUUGUCUGCAUUUCAGACCACAGUCCUCAUGAACCAUUAUAGGCUAACCAGUGCCAUCACCUCAGAGCCUUUGGGUUGUGUUGGAGGAAAAUGUAAUGUCAUUGUCAUUUUACAGAUUUCUGUCCGGUGUAAAUGGUUCCAUCAAUUGAAGAUCUGGGUCAGUGAACAGUCUCAGGACCGAUAG